ACAGAAGAACAACAGUCAUACAUAGAAGACCGUCUCUCACUGAGCGUAGCACUGCGCUGUGCGGUUUACACGUCCCUAUGAAUGAAGGCAGUCUCUGUCCUUUCUGCUGUCUCUCCGCAUCCUAACUAUUUCAGCAGAUCAACAUCAACCCUCCACUGCCGAGCCCCCAGCUUCAACUCAGACAGACACACACACCGGAGGAGCCAGGACGGGGCAGGCAGACAGGGGAAACGUGUAGACUGUCUAGCGGACAUGGAUUCACGUGGAAAUAGUGGAUCAUUCUUGCACAGGUGGACGCGAUCUGGCGAUGCAGUGCACGCUGGCUUGGUUGUCACACUUCUGAUUGGAGUAUGGUGUACUCAGGCCUUAGAGGUGUCAGUGGGAAAAGUUCACUUUGUUGAGGUGAUGAAUGGUAGCUCUGUGCUUUUACCCUGCACCUACUCUAGCUGCAUUGGCAUCAAGAACCUGUACUUCAACUGGCAUUACAAUGACAAUGGCACAAUGGUGAAGCUUUGUGAAGCAGUGAUUCCAGCUGAAGGUGUGGAGCCCCAUGUGAAGAUCUACCAUGAGCGGCUGGAGUUUGUGGGCUCCAGUAAGGACAGUAAUAUCUCCGUCCUGCUGUGGAACGUCACCUUUGAGGAUGAGGGCGAGUAUACCUGCUUUGCCCGCAACCCCAAAGAGAAGGACCGAAACCAUAGUGCUGUGUUCACCCUCAUUGUAGUGGAUCAGUUGAAGGAAGUGGACAACACACUGACUAUCAUCAUUGUGUCCGUGCUUGGGGGCCUAAUCGGUUUGAUCAUUAUAGUUAUGGUCAUAAAGGCGAUAGUUGUGCACUUUCUCAACAAGGCUCAAGAGAAGAAUAAAGAGUGCCUUGUGAGCUCUUCAGGGAAUGACAACACAGAAAAUGGCCUUUCGGGUUCCAAAGCAGACAACAAAGCAUCACCAAAGGCAUGAAUUUAAGUAUGUGUAUGUGUGUAAAUCUGCAAAUGUAUAUAUGUACACUUGCAUAAUGACUAUAUAGUGAGGAAGCUAUAACAAUGGACUGUUUUAUCUUUAUCUUAUGGCAAAAUAGAAAAUGUGAAAAUAUUAUACUAUAUUUUAGACUGUGCUUAAAAGUUGAGGAAUAUAAUGCUUGGGCUGGAUCGCACACCUUUUGCCAACGCUUGAAUCAAAAAGCAGUUUGAAAAAAAAUUGUCUUAGCAAUUUCUUCAGAAUUAAUGCUGUUUUGCUUCCAAGCCACUACUCAAGCAUGUGUUGUACUCUGCUCGGAUCUGUUUGUGACAUACAAAUAACUUACACUGCCAUUGAUAAUAAACUGCCACUCUACUUCAUUAAUCAGCACAAGAACAUGAUGUUCAAGACAAACAUUUAAAAAGCACUAAAACAGCAUUCCAAGUAUUCUUAAGCCAGGAUCACUCUUCAAAGA